AACACAUGUAAAAUACUUGAAAAAAAAAAUAUAAUAUUAAAUAUAAGAUGUCUAUAAAUCUUUAUGCAUUAGAAAGACUUCUACAUCCAUACUGAAUUUUUUAAGCUAUAUGGCCAUAAAAUUAAACAACCCACGACCAUUAAAGAUGCACAAUGUUUUAGCCGCCCAAUAGACCUAAUAAAAACUGAAACAGUGCAACUCUACAACUCCUAAUUUUUUUUAAACAAUGUUAUAGAAUUUUUCUCUUGUCGUCCUUCUCCUUCAGACGCUGUGAUAAUCUUAAUCGACUAUUUUCUUCAUAACCCAGGUAUCUUGUAAAUCUUAGCUUUUAAAUCUUUCAACAGCUUCAUAAACUCAACCGUUUCGAUCGCUAUCAUUCUGGGUUUUGAUUAAAGACUAUUUCUUGGCCUUUGAAUCCCUUUGUGGCAAUUGAUGUACAGAUUGUAGGAACCCUAAUUUUAUACCGUUCUUAAGGUAAUUUCCCCGAAUUUUGUGUUUGACGGUGUGAUAUCCUGAAUGAAUUUUUCUGUCUAUUCAUUUACUUUUGUGAGUAAGAAGAACAUGUUCGGUCAUGAUUCAAUUUAUGAGUAGUGAGAAGAUAAUAUAGAAAGUGGGAAAAAUGUGAGGAGGUUUCGCUUUUUAUUUUUUCUUUUGGUAAUUUUAGUUGUUCAUGUGUGAAUUCUUACUGGCAAGGUUUGUUUAUGGCACCAGUCUUGUUUGGAAGUUCAAGGUUGGGGUUCUCGGUGAUAAGUGAUUCAGAAAGUGACAUUUAGUAGCGUUUUUUUAGUGGAGAUAGCUACUUGUUCUCAUUACUGAGUAACGUUUAUUAUCUAUCACUAUUUGAGUCCACUCAUUUUUUAUUAUAUAGUAUGUUGGGAGAGUUUAACCUUUCACAAGGAAGGAACAUUGAGACGAUCAGUGAAUUUAUAUAAUGUUUUCCGUUAACCUUUUGAGCUGCAAAUUCAACAAAUGAAGUUUUAUUGUGAUGCGAUUAUAAAAUUCUAAUUUGAGUAGACGAUCUCACUUGUCCAGGAAGUUUUUGUUCGUCUCAUCAUUGAUCUAAAAUAAUAAUUUCAUUAUUUUAGUUCUGGAAAGGUUCGUUAGCAAUAUCGCUUAUCAGUCGGUAAAUUCCUAUUUGGCAAUGCAUGCAUUAGAAAAUGAAUCUAAUCCUUAUGAACUCCAAUACUUCGUAUAAUUCAUAAUUUUUUUUCUUCAGUACUUCUGGUAUCUCAAUUCUGAAUAUAAUUGGAGGACCAUCAAAAUGCUCCUUAAAACACAAGGAGAAAUAAAUGUCAAAUAAUACUUCUGUUUUUCACUCGAUCAGUGGCCAAAAGUUGGAAGAUCUGAUCCGUUAAUAGAUUGAUGUAUAAAAUCUGCAUCGUUUAACUAAACAUUAUGGACUAUAAUCAAGCUAUCUUUUUGAGAAUAGGGAUUAUGCUCAGAUGACCAGCUGGAUGAAAAGAGAAUGAAGAUAAAAUAGCAAGUUAAUCUCUGAAAUUCUUUUGGUUAGCAUGACGAGCCUUUGGUUUUCUUUCCAUAUUUUUAAUAGGUCAACUGUUUGAGCGGAAAAAAGGAAAAUCAAACAAGAAAAUUGUGGGGGUCUCAGUUUCUAUAUUGAAUUUUUUCGGAACCUCUUUUGUGAUGACAGACCUGAAAGAACGUCUGCUCCCACCAAAACCUGCUUCUGCUAUAAAUCUCCGGGAUUCUUCGUACAGGCCUUCUGCCUCAGGCCGUGGCCCAUUCCAAGUAGUAGAUGUUUUGGGCCUUAAGAAACGUGGGCAGGGCCUUCGGUCAUGGAUAUGUGUAGAUGCUUCUGGAAUCUCCAAAGUGAUUGAAGUCGACAAGUUCUCUAUGAUGCGCCGCUGUGAUCUUCCAGCACGUGACCUUAGGUUAUUAGACCCUUUAUUUGUUUACCCCUCGACUAUUCUCGGCAGGGAGAAGGCAAUUGUUGUGAAUCUUGAGCAGAUUCGGUGUAUAAUCACGGCAGAUGAGGUUUUUCUGUUAAAUUCGCUCGACAGCUAUGUGCUGCAGUAUGUGGUGGAAUUGCAGAGACGAUUACAGACUGUCGGUGUAGGUGACAUUUGGCAGCCUGAAGGCCCGGAAUUGAGCAGAAGGAGAGGAGGAAGUAGGAAUUUCGAUAAUAUGUAUGGAAAUGUGUCACCUGAUUAUUUGCCAUUUGAGUUCAGAGCUCUUGAGGUUGCCUUGGAGGCUGCGUGCACUUUUCUGGAUUCUCAGGCUGCAGAAUUAGAGAUCGAAGCGUACCCACUGUUGGAUGAACUCACUUCAAAGAUCAGUACGCUGAAUUUGGAACGAGUCCGUAGACUAAAAAGCAGACUCGUUGCAUUGACUCGGAGAGUUCAAAAGGUCAGGGAUGAGAUAGAGCAGCUAAUGGAUGAUGAUGGUGACAUGGCUGAAAUGUAUCUUACCGAAAAGAAGAAACACAUGGAGUCAUCUUUCUAUGGUGAUCAAUCUCUGAUGGGCUAUCGCUCGAAUGAUCUGUCAAUAUCGGCACCUGUUUCCCCCGUCUCAUCCCCACCUGAAAGCAGGAGACUCGACAAAUGCCUGAGCAUAGCAAGAAGCAGACAUGAAAGUGUGAGGAGCUCAGAUAGUGCCACGAAUAGUAUAGAGGAGCUUGAGAUGUUGUUGGAGGCUUACUUUGUUGUCAUUGACAGCACCCUUAAUAAAUUGACUUCGCUGAAGGAGUAUAUUGAUGAUACAGAAGACUUCAUCAACAUUCAGCUGUUUAGGGAGAUGAUUGAUGAUACCCACAUGAACUGUGUGCAGGAUAACGUUCGAAACCAGCUUAUACAAUUUGAGCUGCUAUUGACUACAGCAACUUUUGUCGUCGCAAUAUUUGGAGUGGUUGCCGGGAUAUUUGGCAUGAAUUUUGAGAUAGCGAUGUUUGACAAACCAGUAUCGAAGGUUGAUGCCGUUGUAGAAGCUCUGCAUAGAAAAUUGGGAAAUGCCAGUUUUGAGGUCGAAAAGAGCUUGUUAUUACGGCUAUUAUCGAGACAUAUUUUUUAA